UAUUGUUGGUGAUGGUCGUGUGAAAAGCACAAAAAAUGUGGGCCCUCCUGGUGCUCACGGUUGCACUUGCAGCUGGAGCCUCAGAAACCAACGACACAGAGACGGAAGAAAGGCCAGUCAUAGCUCGAGGUAAACUGCUGGCUCCCAGUGUGGUCGGAUGAGGCAUAAAGAAAAUGCCAGAGCUUCAUCAUUUUCUCAUGGAGCGCUGGGCUUUAUACCACAACUUGGUGUACGACUCAUCAGAAGAGAAGGAUCCCCGUCUGAUCUUCUACAAUGAAAAAGAUGAAGUCGUAAAGACCGUCCCUGUGAAGAAAAUGAAGGCGGACGAGAUCAGCAGCCUGCUGGACUCACUGGGUUUCUACAAGAGGUCCCAGAAAGGGGAAGAGGUACCAGAGGAGUUCCAGAAUUUCCCCCUGCACGCCCCCAGGGACGAGCUGUGACGACCCCUCGUGGCCGCGCCCGGCACCUGCAGCUCGCUCGCUUUAAUGACGAGUGGGGCUUCAAGGCCUCGACAGUAUAGACCAGGCUCCACUCUGAGGACUCGCUGGUGGGGCUGCAUUGUGCCGGGUACUUCAUCACAGCAAAACUUAAUAAAAGAAAAUUCUUAAACAUCA